AUGUCGGAGCCUUCCCUGCACGCCUGCUGUUCACCGCUGUCGGGAGAAGCUUCCGAGACAGUUAGAGCUUGUGAAAUAAAGAGAGAAAAGAGAGUCCCUUCACCGGACAUUAUAGUGUUAUCUGACAAUGAACCUUCUAGCCCUAGAAUGAAUGGUUUAACAAAAAUAGCAUUAAAAGAGACCAACACGGAGGCGCUCAUGAAAAGCAGUCCGGAGGAGCGUGAGAGAAUGAUUAAACAACUAAAAGAAGAGUUACGGUUAGAAGAAGCAAAGCUUGUUUUAUUGAAAAAGUUACGGCAAAGUCAAAUCCAGAAGGAGACCACUACUCAGAAGCCUGCUGGUUCCUCUGGGAGUGCUGUGGCCACCCCUCCGCCCUUGGUGCGGGGACCGCAGAGUGUUCCUGCUGGCAAGCCGUCCCUCCAGACCUCCUCUACGCGUAUACCAGGCACUGUUAUUCCCCCUCCCUUGGUCCGUGGAGGGCAGCAAACUUCUUCAAAAUUAGGAAAUCAGCAAAACACACAGAUAGUAAUGCCGCCUCUUGUCAGAGGAGCACAGCAAAUCCACAACAUCCGACAGCACUCCAGCACGGGGCCGCCUCCGCUGCUGCUGGCACCGCGGGCAUCGGUCCCCAGCGUACAAAUUCAGGGGCAGCGAAUUAUCCAGCAGGGUCUGAUCCGCGUCGCCAACGUCCCCAACACCAGCCUGCUUGUCAAUAUCCCGCAGGCUUCACCAACUUCAAUCAAAGGUACAACCGUGACGUCCGCUCAGGCUAACGCUACUACAACCAGCGCCGCUUCCAUUGUCAACUCCAACGACUCGCCGGCCAGCCGGCAAGCCGCCGCCAAGCUCGCCUUGCGGAAGCAGCUGGAGAAGACGCUGUUGGAGAUCCCUCCUCCCAAGCCACCUGCGCCAGAGAUGAACUUCCUGCCAAGUGCAGCUAAUAACGAAUUUAUUUACUUAGUCGGGUUGGAAGAAGUUGUGCAGAAUUUGCUGGAAACUCAAGGUAAAGUUUCGGUUGCUGUAUCAUCUCGUGAGCCCUAUAUGUGUGCUCAGUGUAAGACUGACUUCACCUGCCGUUGGAGGGAGGAGAAGAACGGAACCAUUAUGUGUGAAACCUGCAUGACAUCAAAUCAGAAAAAGGCCUUGAAAGCUGAGCACACUAACCGACUGAAGGCUGCCUUCGUAAAAGCACUGCAGCAAGAGCAGGAGAUUGAGCAAAGGAUACUGCAACAGACGGCGUCUCCUGUACAGACCAAGUCAGACCCUAUAGUGCAGCACCACUCACUCAAGCAGACUUCUAGCCAGAUGUCUCGAGGUCCUCCUGGAGCUGCACGAGGAGUGUUGCAUGCAUUUAGCCAGUCACCCAAGUUGCAGAAUGCAUCGUCUGCAGCAGCACUUGGGAGUAGGCCAGGUAAGCAUGCUGAGAGACCUGUCAGCAAGGGCAGCGCUGCCGCCUGGAAGAAGACUCCCAUCAAUACAGGUGGGGCUUUACCUUUUGUUAAUCCUAGUUUAGCUGUGCACAAGUCAUCUUCAGCAGUAGACCGCCAGCGUGAAUAUCUCCUGGAUAUGAUUCCCCCACGGUCCAUCCCACAGUCUGCCACGUGGAAAUAAUGCAGAGGAAUGCCCGAGAGGAAGACUUUUCCUGUUUCUGCCAUCCUUUUUAUACCACAUUACAGUGGAAUCUGCUUUAAUCCCAGCUGGAUAUGCCCCAGGCUUUAUAGGACGCAAGAAGACCACUCCUCAUCCCAUCGAGUGCUGCUGUCCCUGCUAUGAAAAAAUGACACCACGUGGGUGGGAAAGACUUGAGCUCAUUUGGUUCUCAGAUUCUUGUGAUUGACUGAUGAUGAAGGCUGUCAGGGAAGGGGAAGAAUUCUUUUUUUUUUUUUUUUUUUUUUUUUGGCUUUAUAUAUUUAGUUUGGAUUUUUUUGUCACCAGCACAAAAGGAGGACUAAACGACUCUCUGCCUUCGGUUUCUUUAUUAAUAACUACCCAUUCACCAGAAUGUGGUGUUCGUUCGCGAUCAAGCGUGGAUGUCAGUUCAAGGAGAGAGGAAUUUCAUCCCGAUCUUGCAGAUGCAUUUAGUGAGCCGAGUUCGUGUUUGCUUUUCUUCCCUGCCCCUCCUUCAGCCAGGAAGGCAGUCUACAGAUUAUAAUGUUUCAAAAUCUUCUGAUGAUGAGCUAAUGAUAAAUAAGUGCAAACUCAAAUUCCAGUUGAGUAUGGUUUGUUUGUUUUUGGUUUUUUCCUAAGGGACUGGCUGCCACCAAAACUUGUCUGGUAGGUGGGAACCAGUGCAGGAGUCUCUCACUUUUGUUGGAUUCUGUUUUGAAUAGACUUUGAACUGUUGGUAGUCUAAAAUCUAAUUUUCUGAAUAGACAAACACCUUUGUUCAGUCUUUCUAAUUCAGCGAAGAGCAGUUGGGCCUUUCAUGUGUUCCCAGAGACUUAAAAGCGAAACUGUUU